CUUAGAAAAGAGGAAUCCAUUGAUCACUGACAUUGAUGUCUGGAAUUAUUCACAGAUCAGUUUCCCUGCUCACCAAGUAUAAUCUCGGUGAAGAAUUGAUAUCUUGAAGAAACUAUGAACUAUGUUAAUGGGAACCCAUUGAGGCAUCAUGCAGUCGUCUUGCUCUCCGAGAUCGUAGAUGGUUGCGGGCCGAGGAUUCUGAUCGUGCCGGAUUCCGAGAUCUUUCUCAUGACUUCCAUCUGUUGCUUCCGUAUGAUCGCUUCAACGAUGCCAUAACAUCAUUCCUUAUUCGUCGAUUCCAGACAUGAGCGAACAUCCAGAACCCAUCGACAUCGUGACGAUAGGAGCCGCCGACACCAUCGCAGUCGGAGUGCGGACAGACGUGGAGACAGGAGAAAAGAUCGCUCCCGAAGUUCGAAGCGGGAACGUAGGAGAUCGUCGUCUGAUUCGGAACGACGGCGCGGCUUUAAUAAGAGUGAGCUCUUCGAAGUCGCGCGCCGCAACGUGAAAUUGAUGUUUGAAAAUGGCACGCUGCCAAAGGGCUUGGUAGUCGAUCCCGAGAAGAUGGGUUUUCAGAAAGACGAGACGUCCGAUUCAAUCGAGCGGUACACACAAAUGUGUCGCAAAGUCAGGGAAGAGGAUGAAAACGAGCCAUCGAGCUCGCAUGUGAAUCAUCCCUUCCUCGUGAAGGAUAAGCCCAUAAAGAUGAAUAUCGCCAACUCGAUCUCACUCCCUAUAAAGUCACCGAAGGAGAAAAUUCUUAGCGCACAAUUUCCUGUCAGCAGCGGUUGUUCUCAUAGGCAGUUAGAAUGGCGUCCUGUCAAGCCGGAAACGAAGAAGCAGAAACCCAAACCCCCGGGGAGUGCCACGAGUACAGAGUCAACUCCCUCCGUAAAUCCCGCCGAGGACGAAGCUCGCAUCGCACCGCGAUUCGAAGAAUCGAUCGAUCCUGAAAUCAGAAGUUUGUCCAUACCUCAGAUCCUGAAUCGGCUGCAAGGAGCUUCGCUGAGAUUGGAGAGCAACCCUUUUGACAUCGAGGCCAAAGAAACCCAAAAACACUGUGAUGCUGUCCUGAAAGAGAUGAAUUUCUUCAUCCCGGACGUGAAACUCUUCUCGGCUCACGUGAACCCGACUCCCCUACCCCCGCCGACGAAUUGCUUCCGACAUCAAAAUAGGAUUCACCCCAACCUCCUGAGAGAUACGAAGGCUCUGAAUAGCGGAAUCGGAAUGACUCUCUUGCAGAAAAUGGGAUGGACUCCCGGGACUGCCUUAGGUAAAAAUCAAGAGGGCGUGCUAGAACCUCUACUGCCACAGAUUAAAUUCGAUCGCAAAGGUCUCGUCGCGCAAGAAGAGUUGAUGAAGAGACCCAUGGCAAGAAUACCUACGAAAAGGCCACCAAUCGGGAAGCGAUCGGCAGUGAAGAAACCGAUGCCAACUCCAGCGAACAGCGCCAUGAAUACCACUUUAAACAGAUCCGCUGCAGAGACGGCUGCGAUACAGGAGGUCAUCGAUAAAGUUUUGGGAGGCAAGCAUCCGGUGACCUUAAUUCUGGAAAUUUGUGUGGCUAGAAAGAUCAAACAGCCCGAAUUCGUUGAUUUGCCACCGGAGGGAGAGCCGCACGAUCGGACGUUCCUCUGUCGGGUCGAUUUCAACGGUAAAGUUUUCAUCCCAUCAAAGAGGUCAAUGACUAAAAAAUUGGCGAAAACUCAAGCUGCUCUGUUGGCGCUGGCUGAUUUCGACGAUUACGAUGCUGAUAAGCUCCGAACCUAGAGUCAUCGAAUCGCAUCGGCGACGCGACGUGAUGCUGACUCCCCGGUAAAGUCCUUUUCAGGCGGGCGGUGUGAUAUCGCGAGGAUAUAAUAAAAUUCCUCUCGAUAUU